CUGCGGCCGUCCUGCAAAGCGACAGAAAACAGCAGCAACAAGCAGCUCCAGAGGCCGGCGAGCCGCCCGGAGCCGCUCUGCAGCCGGCAGCCGGUGCAGGAGGAGGCUGAGAAACCCGGACCCGGUGACGCAGCCAUGGAGACGGACGGUGAGCAGAACCAGCAGGGGGCCUCCACCAAUGGGAGCGCUGCAUCUGGGACGAGCUCCCGCCCCUCUCCCAUGAAUUCCAUGUCUCUGUAUGAAAGACAAGCGGUGCAGGCCCUGCAGGCGCUACAGAGGCAGCCCAAUGCAGCCCAGUACUUCCAGCAGCUGAUGCUGCAGCAGCAGAUCAAUAACGCCCAGCUGCAGAACCUGGCAGCUGUGCAACAGGUAAAGGCUACUCUGGCUGCGAGUCGACAGUCGAGUCCUUCCAGCAGCAGCUCCUCUCAAACCACCAGCACCACAGCUGCCAGUGUAACAUCUGGAUCGGGAUCUUCAACCAGCAGCCGGCCCAUGGGCGCCCCGGCAACGUCCACAAUCAGCCAGUCAGUGCUGCUGAGUGGGACGGCAGGCGGGCAGGGACAAAUGUACCUGAGGGUCAACCGCUCCCUGAGGGCCCCCAUCUCCUCGCAGCUCAUCUUUAUGCCCAGCAACCCAGCAACUGCUGCCGUGGCGACAGUCACCCAGCAGCCACAGGCUCAGCAACAGGAAGUGACACCGACUUCCUCUUCCAGCAGCCAAUCAGACAACGACCAGGUACAGAAUCUGGCCAUGCGAGGUGUUUCCAGUCCCAAAGGCGUAAAGACUGAAGCCCCAGAGAGGAGUGACUCAGCAGCGUACUCUCUGGUCCAGCCCUCCCACCAGUCAAACUCCCAGUCCCCCACUAAGCCCAGCCAGCCACAGCACCAGCCGCCCCACAUCAAAAUCCCCACGUACCCUCAGCCCACCAACCUCAAAGCCCACCCCUCCUCCUCCUCUGGUGCUUCCUCCUCCACAUCCUCCACCUCCUCCAUCCCUCUCUCCCAGCUCCUGCUUCACGGCACCCGGACUCUCACCACAGGAACCACAGCUCCCACUGCAGCGCAUACUCUGGUUCUAACGUCCAGCGCAGCAUCCCAGGCCCACGGGUAUCCUGUCGGCACGGCGACCAUCAAACCGGCAGUGAACGCUCAGACCCUGGUGGUCCAGCCGCUGCAAAAAACCUCUAUAAGCGCAGAGAAAUCAGGCCACGGUAAUGGACCCAUCCCUAUCCAACCCAAAACCCUGCAGGGACUCCGCCUGCCGCUGCAGCUGCCUUCUAGGAACCCGCCUCCCAUCCUGCCCGCCCCGCCACCCGCCAGCAGCUCCGCCCAGCCUGCCCAGCCACCGCACAUCCCUGUCCAGAUCGUUGGGGCACGGCAGAGCACAUUGGGAAACACCCAGGCUCUGGCUCUGGCCCGGGGCAGCUGCUGCCAGGACGGAGCCGCCGUCCUCAGCAGCUCGUCCAGCCUGCUCACCAUGGUGGCGUCCAUCGCUUCCAGGGAGGGCGGCGUCGUGGGUAGAGGGGUGGGGCUUAAGACACUUCAGUCACCCCAGGAGGCGCCCCCACUGGCUCAGGUCUCUCAGGUGCAUCCGCAGGCCAAUCAGAGUUCUGGACAUAGUCAGAAUGGACCACUGGCUUCAAGCCCCGCCUCCUCCCAGGCCCCCGCCGUUUCCUCUCCUCCCGCCUCGAUGUCUCGCUCCUCCCUCUCCCUCCCCCUGGCGACAGAGGAGCAGAGAGGAGCGCCAGCUGGUGUCACCACUAAUGGAGACUCAUCAGGAAGUCAGACACCACAGGGAAAGCAGUUGACUGGCUCACUAAAAAGAAAAUCAGACUCCAAUUCAGCCAAUGACGAAGACGGCCCCUCCCCUCCGCGGCUCCAGCCAGUCAGAGAUCACGCCUCAGCACUUCCGACCAAUCCCAUCGAAGCAGGCUCCGGUGCUCCUCCUCCAGCCUCCUCCUUGCCCUCCCCGGUGCUGUCAGUUUCCCGUGGCGUGUGCGGCCAGGGGGAGAGAGCGCCUCCCCCUCAAGCUGUGGUCAAACCGAGCGUCCUCACACACCUCAUAGAGGGCUUCGUCAUCCAGGAGGGGGCAGAGCCUUUCCCUGUAUGUGGUUCAUUAAAGGACUCGGCUGGUGAGGAUUUAACCAACGACAGUCCGGACACAAACCAAUCAGAGACUGUUACAACAGCGACAGUGCUGAAGUGUGAGUACUGUAAAAACUUCGCUCCCGCCAGCCAGUUCAGAGGCACCAAAAGGUUCUGCUCCAUGACUUGUGCUAAGAGUAUGUAUUGGUUCCCCAGGUACAACGUCAGCUUCAGGCAGCACUUCUGCGUGCGGCAGGGUCAAGGUCAAGGUCAGGAUCGUGCUGCAGAUCAGGAUCAAGCCCAGGGACACCUCUCCAACUCAGACGAGGAGGGAGGGAUCACCAGGCGGAGGGUCCCGCGCAGGACCAGCUCAGAAAUAGCCAGUGCCAAGAUAGCAGGCAGACCCAUACCUGUCAAGUGCCGUUCAGAGUCCAGCCAUUCAGACGAGGAGUCCAGUGGAGAGGAGGACGAAGACGACCCCAUGUCCCUCUCGCCCGCCUCCUCAGCCUCCUGCCACCAGCCGCCUCCUCCGCUCCAGACGGAGAGUUCUGCACCCAGCUGCCUGCCUGCGAGCCCCGCCCAGUGGAGCGUGGAGGACGUGUCGCAGUUUAUUUCCACGCUACAAGGCUGUGAGGAGCUCGCCCCUCAGUUCCUGUCGCAGGAGAUUGAUGGACAGGCCCUGCUGCUGCUGAAAGAGGAGCACCUCAUGUCCACCAUGAACAUCAAGCUCGGUCCUGCCCUCAAGAUCUGCGCCCACAUUAACAACCUGAGAGACUGAAGAUGCCAGUGUUUCCAUAAAUGUUCAAAGUCAAGCCCUGGGCAUUUACCCCCAACUCCUGCUCCGCACCCAGGUCAGACACGGAGCCGGUCCCUGAGCAGCCAGAGUCCUGCAGGUGAAUGUAGGAGGUACAGUUCUCUUUCAAAGCCAAGCCAAGCUCUAAGUACGGCUGCAGCACUUGAAUCUGUUGUUGAUUUGUUCACUUCGGAGCACAU